AUGGACGCCUCUGCCCGCCGCCCCUCCAACGAGCGAGACAGCAAGAACGAUCAACGUCCGGGAGACAGCCACAUGCUGUAUGACGCGCAGACGUCAUCCGCUGUCCCUCCAAUGAGCGAGAAGGCAGCAAGAUUCGCCGCACAAGUCGGCCGUGAGGGGGUUUACAGGCAUGAGUACGUCCGUCCAUCCUUUCCCGAAAACAACUUGAACACUGAGCACCGCAGCCCGGCCCUCCAAGCCUUCUGGAUCGCCAACACGCAUCGCUAUCUAUGCCCUUGUCCCUCACUUGCAUCUCCGGUGAUUCAGAGUAGCGGCUCCUCGUCUCCGCUUGUUGCGUACGCUCGCCGUGAGCCUUCACAGCCGUCGGGUCUGGCUACUCGUCGUGCCUGCACUUCUCUCUCUGAUGUCUAUUGUCUGUCGCUCCUCGGCCGUCGUGUGCUUAUACCAGCGGUACGUCCGCCUGCUAUCGGAGUACAAGCCUAUAUACAUCGGUAG